CCUCUACGGUCUAUAAAUUCUUUCACAACACAGCCACUAAGCAGUAAGGACUACUAAGCCUCCUGCAUACUUGAAACAAACACAAGAAAAAAUAAGUGAUGUUACCUUCCACUCUCUCUCCUCUGCUCCACCAAGAGCUAGUAGUAAACCUUCAAUCAUCAAGAAGGUUGCUACAACACCACCCUCUUUACCAAACUCCACCAGCAGCUGCGACACUGCAGCCACCCAGAACAAACAACCAAGUGGACCCCACAGACCCCUACAGUGGCACCAAUGGGUUUGACGCCAAUGUGGUAAUGGUGUUAUCAGUUCUAUUGUGUGCUUUAAUAUGCUCUCUAGGGCUAAAUUCCAUAAUCAAGUGUGCCCUAAGAUGCUCAUACUUCAUUCCAAGAGACCCCUCGGCCACUUCAGGUUCAGAAAACACUGGCAUCAAGAAAAAAGCUUUAAAGACUUUUGCUGUAGUGAAUUACUCACCCAACUUGAAGCUCCCCGGUCUUGGUACUGAGUGUGUUAUAUGCUUGUCGGACUUCACUCCAGGAGAGAAAUUGAGGCUCCUGCCGAAAUGCCACCAUGGAUUCCAUAUCCGGUGUAUUGAUAAGUGGCUCAAUACUCACUCUUCAUGCCCCACAUGCAGGCACUGCUUGAUCGAGACAUGUCAGAAGAUUGUUGAUUCUGAUCAAGCUAGCUCGUCGCAGCCAGAUACACAGGCACUUCCACUCCAGCCAAUUAUUAUAAACAUAGCACCAUUAGAACGUGAAGAUUUGGUAAGAAGCUACAGGUCUAAUUGUUAGUAAUAGGACUAAUGAUAUCCCCUCAGCUUGUCCAAAUUGUACAUGCUCCAAAAGACAGAGUAAAGCAUGUCACAAGCGGAGAUAUAGCUCUAGCUUUUAAUUUUAGACUUUGUACAGUCAGGCAUUAUUGUUUGCAUCAAGAACAUAGUUUUAAGAAGUAUAAUAUAAUGUUACAAGUUACAACAGCCACAAAAAUGUCCUAUUAUAGAUCCA